AUGAACGACCUUCUCGUUCCGCUCAUCGACGAGGCUCUGGCGACUGGCGACGUUGUCAUCUUUGAUCUCGCCUCUGAGCUCCGCAACUACGUCUCCGAGCACAAUACCGAGGCCCGCUCGCUCCGCGAGGAAAUGCUCGAGCGGACAAAGACUGUCGCUUCGCCGUCACGCCCGCCGUUUGCCUCGUCGGCUCCAGACGACGGUCCGUCGCCUCUAGCCUCGCCUGUUCCGGUUGUAGCCUCGCCCAUGCUUCGCUCGCCAGCCUCGCCCGCGCUCCGCGCCGCCCAUCACGAGCCGGUCGCAGCUACCGACCCGUCUGGCCUCAACUGGACAGCGGGCGGGCCCGAUGCCGGCGGAGCUCCGUCGUCGGCCUCGCCACAUGGUUCGGCCGGCUCGUCGCCCAUCUCGUCAACCGAGAACACUCCGCACGCCUCGCCGCGCAAGCGCGCCCCGGUCUACUCGCGCUCCGAAAGCGUCCACGUCCCGCACAUUCCGGACUUUUUUGCCGCCCUUAGCCACGGUGCCUCCAACGCCGGCGUGCCUGUCGUCCUCAUCGACAUGCAGCUCUCGCCGGUCGUCGACCUCAUGCUCGCCUCCUCGCUCACCCUCCGCGUCAAGGAACUGUCUGCCAUGCCGUCGCUCAUCACCCACCCGGCGCUUGUGCCUUGGCGUGACGCUUUCCUUGACACGAGCGCACACACUGCCACGCUGGCCAUGGCCGACUUUGAGGUCUCGGUCGCCCUCUCGGCGUUUACCGGACACGCGUUUUCUGAGCUCGUUGUCCGCCCGCUUGUCGCCCAAAUCCUCGACGCCCUUGCCGCUCUCUCGGCCGCCGGUUUCUCGCAUGGCCUCCUCUCCGCCGCCACUGUCGUUAAUACCAACGGUCGCAUCAAGCUCUGGGGCUACGGCCUCCAGCCCAUGCUCGACAUGCUCACCUCGUCUGACGACGCCGCAAGCCUCGACCGCUCGUCGCGGUCGUCGUCGCGGGCCGGGCCGGGCUCAUCAGCCCUCUCCCGCCGCAUCGACGCCGCCGCCGCCGCACUCGCCCGCGACGUCUGGGCGCUCGGCAUUCUUGUUUCCGAGCUCCUCUCCGGUGUGCCAGCCCCGCCGCAGUCUGCCGCCCGCAAGCAGGUUCCGCCCUCGCCGCCGGGCGCCUCGCCGCUCGCGGUCUCAUUUCUCGAGGCCUGCUUCUCGGUCGGCACCCUUGCACCCGCCCGCCGAAAGUCGGCAACUCGCCUCGUCUCCGCCACCUCGAUCGAGUCGCUACUCGCUCAUCCGUGGCUGGCAGACCUCGAGUCGCCGGCCGCCACCCCGCCUGGCGGCCACCUCCGCGUCUCGUCCAACGCCUCGUCACUUGGCUUUGACUCGGGCACCGGCCUCUCGCCCACCAUGCGCGCCUUCUUCCCCUCCCAGUCGCCAGGAGACUCAUCGCUCCUCUCCAACACGACGCCGCACCCGAUCGGCUCGCCCGGAGGCACCUUGCCGCUGACGGCGGGUGCGAGCGGCUACUCGCGCUAUGCCGCCGACUUUGAGGAAAUCGGCAUGCUCGGCAAGGGCGGCUUUGGCUCGGUCUGGAAAGUCCGCAACCGGCUCGACGGCCGCCUUUACGCCGUCAAAAAGGUUGUUCUCGACGGCUUUGACUCGGUUACAGACUCCAAGAUCCGCCGCGAGGUCAUCACCCUCUCAAAGCUCAACCACCAGUACGUCGUCCGCUACUUUCAGGCCUGGAUCGAGUACGUCGACGAGGCCGACAUCGAGCCCGGGUACUCGGACUACGCCGACCCGUCGUACUCGGACGACGACACCUCCGACUCGCCGGCAGACCCGGCUGACGCCCUUGACUCGGCUCGCGGCCUGCUCGCCUUUCCCGGCGCAGAGCCUGAUGCUUCAAAGCCGUUUGACUUUGCCUUUUCGCCGCUCGCCAACCCCAUCACGCCCUCGGCCUCGAUGGACAACAUCGCCCGCUUCUCCUUUGACACCACCCUCUCGGCCGCCGCCGGCUCGCUCGCCUCGGGCUCCGAGUACUCGGACGAUUACUCGGACGAUGACGCUGACCAAGACGCUGUUGUCUUUGGAGGAGGCGUCCACGGUCACAUCUCGGCCGACGACGAGUACGAGUACUACUCGGACGACGACGGUGAGCCUGCGGCCAACCUGCCGAGCGACCUCAUUCAGUUUGGAGGAGGUGCCCGCGAUGACGACGACAACAACGAUGACGACAAUCUCAACGAGACCGUCCUGGAGACCAACCGUGCCGGCCUCGCCUUUGGCGUCCCCGCCGCUCGCCAGCGACAGUGCCUCUUUAUCCAGAUGGAGUACUGCUCGCACCGCACGCUGAGGACCCUCAUCGACGAGGCCAUCCUCACUACCGACGAAAAGUGGAAGCUCCUCCGCCAGAUCACCGAGGGUCUUGCCUACCUCCACGAGAUGGGCAUCAUCCACCGUGACCUCAAGCCCGACAACGUGUUCCUCGACAUGAACUCGGUGGUCAAGCUCGGCGACUUUGGUCUCGCCACCGACAACGUGCCCACGCCCGCCCCAGCCGCCCCGCCGCUUGCCAGCACCUCGGGCACUACACUCGCCCCAGUCCACGAGGCUGACGAGCUCGGCGAACUCGGCACACUCUUGCCCGACCCGGACAUGAUGAUCCACGAACUCGAGCUGAGCGGCGCCGACGACAACAUGACCCGCGGCAUCGGUACGCCCAUCUACCGCGCACCAGAAGUUACGUCGGCAACGUCGGCCACCUACACCGAAGCCGUGGACAUGUACGCACUCGGCAUCAUCCUCCUCGAGCUCUUCCUGCCCUUCACCUCGGGCACAGAUCGGGUCAUCACCAUCUCACGCCUCCGCGAGGCCCACCAGCUCCCGCAAGCCUUUGCCGACGAGUGGCCCUCGGUUGCCGCACUCGUCCUCGCCCUCACCCAGGCCGACGCCGCCGCCCGCCCCACCGCCGCCCAGGUCCUCCGCUCCGAGCACAUGCCCAUUCGUGAAGAAGACAUGCUUGUCUCACAAGUCAUCGACGUCAUCGCCGCCAAGGAGCAGUCCAAGUACCGCCGUGCCCUUCUCGAGUCACUCUUUGUCUUUGCCGCCCAUGACCGCGUCACCAACCCGCCUUCGGUCUCGUCGUCCAAGUCGGGCCUCCAUCACGCCGCCAAGCGCCGCUUCCACUCGACGCUUCUCACCCGCAUUGUCGACGUCCUCGCUUCGCUCGGCUCGUCGCACGGCAUGGUCCGCGUCGAAGUCCCGGUCCUCUACGCCCAGCUCGGCUUUGAGCUGCUCGCGUCGGACCUCGACCACGCCGCCAAGCACCGGUUCAUCGACUCGACUGGCCAGAUCCUCCAUCUCCCGGCCUCACUCACCACACCCUUUGCCCGCUUUAUUGCCCGCCACCGUGUCACCGACUUUCGCCGCCACGGCGUCGGGCAAAUGUACUCGGCGCCGCCUACCAAGUCGGCCGCGCCCGACGCGCCGGCCGCAAGCGGCUCCGCGGCAAGCUCGCAGGCUGUCGACGACAAACCGCCACCGCCGCGCCACGUCUCGGCCACCACCGCCGCCGGCUUUGAGCUCGGCUACACCUUUGACAUUGUUGUUCCAGUCCCAGAGCGGAGCGCGGCCGAAGAGGAAGCCGACCCGUGGCAGCCCGCAGCAUACCCUCUCGGCCCUCAGUUUGUCGGCGGCAUGCCCGGCACCACGCCGCACCUCUCGGCCUCGUUCAAGUCGAUGCGCGCCAUGCCGGCCGACCGCCCGCCGAUUGUCGGCGCGCUUGUUGAGCUUCUCGGUGUUUUCGACGAGAUGGUCUCCGCCUUUUCGCCACACCUCGAAGGCUACGCGCUGUAUGUCAACCACGUGGCGCUCUUUGAGUCGAUUGCCUCGCUCGCUGGUGUGCCGGCGUCGAUGCUCUCGCCGCUCGCGACUGCAUUUAGCGAGCACGGCGCCGGCGGCUGGCCGCUGCUUCGCACGCUCUUGCCGGACGUGAUGCCCAAGCUGACGCCUGCUGCACUUAGCCAGCUCGACUCGAUGCUGGGCCAGGGUCUCCGCGGCCCGCUCGCGCUCAUGCUCUCGCAGCUGCACCCGCUCGUGGAGCUGGUGCCCGCGCUCGCGCCGGUCUUUGCCUGCCUCCGCAUGGUCCACGAUCACGCGUCGUACAUGGGCUGGGAGCUGCCGAUCCUUCUGGACCUCACUUGUUUGGCGGGCUACCAGGCCCACUCGGGCAUCAUGUACGCGCUCGCCAAGUCGGUGCCUGGCGCGACCAAGCACGAGCCGCCGCGCUGGGCCGUCCUUGCCCGUGGCGGCGAGUACACUCGCCUCGUCAACUUGGUGGCGUACUCGGAGGAGCUUGCGCCAGUCUCGGCCGUCGCCCUCGGCUCGGUCGUGUACGUCCAAAAGCUGGCGAGUGUCGUGUACGAGCAGCUCCACGAGUCGAUGGCCGACGUCGGUGCGCUGGUUACCAUGCGGCAGCGGCGGGUGGUGUCGGACCAGGCCGGCGGUGCCUCGCGGCGCAUUGUGUCGUCGACCUCGGUCAACGCCGACCUCGGAACCAUGGCCUCGAUGGAUCAGAGCAUGCGCCGGCGACGGAAGAAGCGCCGCAACAAGCUCGCCCGCUCAACCUCGAUGGUGGUGGCCGACGCCGCCGGAACCGGCUCCGGCCUAGCCGCCGCUGAUGUUUCUGGCCCGCGUGCCGAGGUGCUGCGCGCAAGAGCCGCAGUGCUUGGCAAGGACGUGCUCGCGGUCACCGCCGAUGCCAUGGUCGUGACCCUUGCGCCGCCAGAGGGCAACAAGCGCUCGUCGCGGCUUCGCGCCCACCUCACCCGCCUCCGGCUAUGGGUUGCCGACCAGCUGCGGCACAACGGAGUGGCGGCCACGCUUGCAUACGACGAGGCGGUCUCGAUUGCGCACGCCGCCGAAGAGGCCAAGGCCAACCUGGUGCCGUACUUGCUCCUUGUCGACAAGCCGCCCGAGUCCAAGGCCGGCCUCCGCGAUCGCAGCGUCUCGCUCCGACUGGUUGACGUGGCCAUUCUCAAGGAGGCGCCGAUUGCGCCCGAUCCUGUCGUCGCCGCCACCAUCAUCCGGCGGGUGCGGACCGACGCCAUGGCGCAGUGCGCGGCUGCCGGCGUGCUCAACCCUAGCCUUGCUGCUCUCGAGGCGAUGCACGCUGCGCCGCCGCCGGCACAUGCCGCGCCACCGCCGUCGCGCGAGCCGGUGCCGUCGCCCAAGUCCGCUCGACCGGCCAGCGUUGAUGUCGACGCCGUUGCUGCCCACGCGGUGACCAAGAGCGCCGGCCCGGGCGGGUCCAGUGAGGCCGAGAUGAUCGGCCGGGCGCGCGGCGUGCUGGCCAAGCGGCUGGCUCUGCUCGGCGCGACGAUCGAGCCCGAGGCCAUGGUCCUGGUGGCGAUGCCCAAGAUUCCGGGCUCGGUCCUCUACGACGCAGCGACAAACACAAGCCGAGCCAACGUGGCGACGGCCCGGGUUGAGCUUCGCCGGCGGCACGGCAAGUACCGUGUCCUCCUCGACAAGAUGUACUCCUUGCUCGAUGACCUCUCGCCGCACGUCGCCAUCGUCUGGCUCUACUCGGACCGGGACCACGGCGUGGUCAUGCUCGACUUUGGCCAUUGAUGGGAUGGGCGUGGUGUGGUGUUCAAUUGAGGCGCGCAGUUGAGUGUCACAGCCAAGGGUACAUGUGGUCGCCAAGGCAGAAGCACAUGGCAAUGCCCAUGGCGACGAUAAAGAAAAUGAUGCCGCAGACAA